AUGGUUCUUUCAUCUAUUUCACCUAGAUUUAGUGAUCUUCCGCUUGAGAUUUUAAGAUGCAAUACAGAUAUGGAAAUAUGCGAAUUAUGUCAGAAAAACUUUGCUAGUCUUGAUGGACUAAAACGCCAUCAAAAAAGUGUACAUCCAAAACGUGUUAAAGAAGGAAAACAAUUUCUCCGUGUCCAACAAUAUUUUGAAUGUAAUUACUGUAAUAAAAAAUUCCUGCGGAAAGACACCCUAAUCCGUCAUAUUAAAUGUGGUCACUUAUUUGAAUCAGAUGUUUUUGAAUGUUUUCAUUGCUCGAGAAAAUAUGCUAGAAAAAAUGAUUUAGCAAAUCAUAUCAGUGAAUGUUUUAACUACAAGAUUGCUGAUUGUCCUAAGGAUGCAAUACAGAUAUGGAAGUCUUAGAAACACAAUGGAGAAAUCUAACAUGUUUAAGAUACGCCGAUAUUUGUAAUUCAUCAACCCCUAUUGAUGAAAAAAGUACUCAAGAGUUUUGGAUAGAUAUUUUGAAUAUUCGAGAUAAUGGAGAUGAAAAAAAAUUUGAGGACUUGGCUCUAUUUGUAUUGCAAAUACUUUCCUUACCAUUAUCAAAU